AUGAUGUGCCAUGCGUUCACCCUGCACAGAAUCGGCAAGAAGAUCGGUAGUGGAUCCGUGAGUGCCUCGCCUCCCACUCAACUCGCUCCCCCGCCCCAGAUCCAGAUCAGACCGACCUCGUCACUCACCGCCAAGUGCAGCACACUGACAUCCAUUCCCCCACUCCCACUCUUCAUUGCUGCUCCAUACUGUCGGCGUCCACGCAUGUUUAGUUCGGUGAGUUGGUCAUGCAGUGCAAUCGCUUCGGCCGUCGAUUGCGGACGGGCGGCGGAGUCGGCGGCGGGCUCGCUUCCACCUCGGAACGUCGCGUCAGCGAACUCUCCCCAAAGCGGUGGCGCCUUUGCCUCCCCGGCCGUUCGCCUUGAUUCUGGUUGUUCCCGCUAUGGCAUGAGGUGCAUCCCGGGCUUACCAUAUCCUUCAAUUGCGAUCCGUUCUUCAGGCGACAUCUAUCUUGGUGUCAACAUCAUCUCGGGCGAAGAGGUUGCCAUCAAGCUCGAGUCGGUCAAGGCGAAACACCCGCAACUCGAAUACGAGGCCAAGGUCUACAAGACCCUGGCAGGCGGCGUCGGGGUUCCGUUCGUGCGAUGGUUCGGCGUCGAAUGUGACUACAAUGCCAUGGUCCUUGACUUGCUCGGCCCCAGUCUGGAGGACUUGUUCAACUUCUGCAAUCGCAAGUUCACCCUCAAGACCGUGCUCCUGCUUGCCGAUCAGCUCGUGCGUGCCCGUUAUCUUGUGGGGCUUCGAUGUGAAGGAGGGGAGGGCACAGUACUGAUAGCAUUCGUCGGCCUCAUUCCUCCCCCGUCUCAUUACCGUCCGUGCAGAUCUCCCGCAUCGAGUACAUCCACUCUCGCAAUUUCAUACAUCGCGACAUCAAGCCCGACAACUUCCUGAUGGGUAUCGGCAAGCGAGGAAACCAGGUCAACGUCAUCGACUUUGGGCUGGCCAAGAAGUACCGCGAUACCCAGACCCAUCUUCAUAUCCCGUACCGUGAAAACAAGAAUCUUACCGGAACGGCGCGUUACACUUCGAUCAACACCCAUCUCGGAGUUGGUGAGUCGUUGCGACGAGCCACACACCAGCUAGCCGUUUGAUGAGCCGUCACUCAUCGCGCGAUGGUUCCUCAUUUGUGCAGAGCAAUCGCGUCGCGACGAUAUGGAAUCGCUCGGGUACGUUCUCAUGUACUUCCUUCGCGGCUCGCUGCCCUGGCAAGGCCUCAAGGCUGCUACCAAGAAGCAAAAAUACGAUCGAAUUAUGGAGAAGAAGAUGACGACACCGACCGAGUACUUGUGCCGUGGAUUCCCGAACGAGUUUGCCAUCUACCUCAACUACUGCCGAUCCCUGCGCUUCGAUGACAAGCCUGGUUAGUUCCGGCGACACUGCACCUGUCUCACCCUCGAGAGGCUUGCGCUGACGUUGGCAUACGCAUACCCUGGCAGACUAUUCCUACUUGCGCAAGCUCUUCCGAGACUUGUUCGUUCGCGAAGGCUUCCAAUACGAUUACGUCUUCGACUGGAGCGUCCAGCAACGAUCGGACGAGGCCAACAAGGAGGCCCAGACCCAGGCGGCGGCGCAAGCGGCCCAGCAGAAGGCUCAGGCCGCGGUCGCUGGAGGCCAGGGCCAAGCAGGUGCUCCCAAACGACGUGUUUUGCAGCCGGGAGAAGUUGGGCCUCAGGGUGAUCAGCGAAUGUGAGUGACGUUACACGCUGAAAAGGCAUUAGCCAAACUCUCGGCUCCCCCCCCCCCCCCCCCCCCCAACCUUUGGGGAAUCAGGCAAUUCAGAUCGACUGACCCAGCGUUUGACCCCCCCACAACCCCUUGUUUUCUGUCCAUGCUUCAAGGCUUCGCAGCCAAACCCGUACCACUCCUAACGAUCAACGGGUCGCACGAGCUGGUGGAGAGUGGUACUAA